GACAUAGCGAUCCUCUCUACUACGUUUGUGACGGGGCCGAUCAGCUGUCGUUCGGUCGCCAGAGUUUAAAUUUCUUCGCAAAAGGCCACACCAGGAACGAAUUGUGACCCAUAAUGUCUUCCAACAAUAUGGCAGACCCGAGGAGACAAAAUAAGAUUUUAAGGUACAAGCCUCCCAGCACAGAGACCAAUCCCACGCUGGAGGACCCCACACCUGACUACAUGAACCUGCUCGGCAUGAUCUUCAGCAUGUGUGGACUGAUGCUCAAGCUGAAGUGGUGUGCCUGGAUCGCAGUCUACUGCUCUUUCAUCAGCUUUGCAAACUCCAGAAGCUCAGAGGACACCAAACAGAUGAUGAGCAGCUUCAUGUUGUCCAUCUCAGCGGUUGUGAUGUCGUACCUCCAGAACCCACAGCCAAUGUCGCCGCCAUGGUAACCACGGGCCACACACGCACGCACGCACACACACACACACCGAGGAGGACGGAAAUGAACUGCGGAUGUUGGAGUUGGUGAGCAAACAGCUGAUUGGACCCCCUGGCUGUUGAGGAAAAGCAGAGACGGACAGGAAGAUGAAGUGAAAGAGAAGAAGAGAGAAAACAGAAGACCAGGAGUAAAGAAAGAUCAAAUGUUUGACUGCAUUCUCAUGUUUUCCUCUUUUUUUAAUCUUUUCUAAGUUUGUUUGUCCGUGAAAAACAUUUUACUGUUUAGCUGUUGCAGGAUUUCGUAAAUAAAGUCGUAGGGUUUUAA